AUGAUGUUAGGAACAAGAAAAGGCUUAUUGAAUUCAUACGGGGGAGGAGUAGAUUACAAGAGAAACACCAUGAGCCCUCAUUCUCCUUCUUCUCCAUCCAUCAGCAGCGUUGUUGUUGUUGGUGGUGGUGGUGGUGUGGGUUCUGCCUCUCAUCAUCAUCGUCCUUUUCAUGAGAUGACGAAUCCCAACAACAACAACAACAACCAUCGCCGAUCUGCUCCGAUCAUCAAACAAAGCUUUUCUCAUGCGAAUUAUAAUCCCUACCAACAACAAAUUCAACAACAACAAAUUCAACAACAACAACCACAACUCCCACAACUCCAACAACCCUUCCAUCAUCAACCUAUGAAUAAUAUUCAUUCCACUUCAUCCUCUCCUGAACUACCACAACAACCUCACCAACAACCUCACCAACAACCACAACAACAAAAACAUUACAAUGCUUCCAAGACUUGUUUCAAACAAGGAAUCAUGAUCAAACAGGGAGCCAAAGUGAAGAAUUACAAAACACGAUACUUUUUACUCUAUUCCAACCGAAUGACCUACCACAAGAUGAAUAAGAAGAAGGAAUACAACAAGACUCCUCAAGGAGAGAUUUCCUUGAAAGGCUUAACCACUUCCAACAUUUAUGAAAUGUCGCACAUGGAUCCACGUGCUCAGAAAGAAGGUUUGAAAUUUGGUUUUGUGGUGGCCGAUCAGGAACAUGCUCGAAAUUACUACUUGUUUACAGAGAGCAGAGAGGAGUCGUUGGAGUGGAUUCAUGCCAUUCAUCAAGUGGUGAAUAUGAGUGCAAGUUUUGAACUAUUGGCCAACAGUGGUUCAAAUCUUCCUUCGAAUUCGGUGCCAUCGAGUGGUAAUAGUCCUGUUGUGAAUUCAAUAGUGAAUCCUAUUAUGAAUAGUAUGAAUUUUACGACGUCGUUUACAAUGAAUACGACCGUCGCUGCCUCGAAUGGUAAUAGUAGUAAUAUUCGAAAUUCAAUGACACCCUCCACUCCAACCUCUCCUUCUUAUUCUCCUUCUCAUCCUUUCCUUUCGAAAAAGAAGAGUGAUUUACAACAACAAGCAGUACUGUCAUCGACGUCACUGAAUUUGUCUCAACUCGAGCAACAAGGAACACCUCGUUCCUCACAACGAUUGUUGCAACAAGCGAAUGUUGACACUAUGAUCACUUCUAACUAUACUCUGUCAUCCUCUCUCGUUAAUUCUCCUCGCAUCUCUAAUACUCAAAAUUCUCCUCUUUCUUCAUCACCUCUCAUAAUAUCCUCCUCUAAUUCUUCCUUCACUGGUGUGACAAGCGUUCUCAAAGGAUCUCAAGAAUCUGAGCUUACCACUGUUUCUACGUCAUCCAAUUCUUUAGUGGAAUUUAUGAAUGCAGUGGAUCCUUUGCCCGAAACAAGUCCUCGCCUUGAGAACGUUGAAGAAAAUGUCUCUGUUUCGACACCAAUCUCCACUACAGAUACAACAUUGAAUCCAUUCAAUACGUCACCAAACAUGCAACAAGAAAAUCCAAGCAUCAUGACCGAUGAGGAAGAAUUCAGCGUUGCCCUUAAUGCAGCUGCCAUCUUUUUGAAAGACGAAAUGGAAAGAACUCCACAAGAACAAGCUUAUGUUGUUGCUAUGAAUUAUUUUCGAACACAACUCGAUGAACACUGUAAAAAACAUAACUGCAAGCCUGCCUAUGGCCUUGCUCUGGGCACUGUCAUUUUCUGCAUUCCAGAAGAGCAACGAACUGCAGCAGAGCAAGAAUAUUAUCAGGACGUUGUGAAUCAAUUCAUGUCAAGUGUUAACUUGUUUAGUUUUCUCACAACUCAACUUUCUUCCUCACAGAAUGAGAUUGAAUCAACUCCAACCAUUGAUUUUGAUGAUGUUUCACUGGAAAUGGAGCAACACUUGGUGGACAUGUCUUGCUAUCUUUCUUAUCAUUCUUCUCAAAUAAUUCCAAUUCAUAUUCAAGUUGAAAUUGCAAAAGCGUGUAAGGAAAUUUGUAGGAAACCACCUCACGAACGAACCUUCGAUGAAAAUGAAUUUGUAGAACGUCUUUGUGAAUUACACUACAUGUUUAAACGACUUUAUUAUAAGAAUGGAAUUAUACCAAAUCAACUCACAUUACUUGCAUCAAUUUUACUUGGAAUGGAUCAUGAAUUAUUCGGAAACUUUCAAGUAUUGGAAGAAAUGAAGCUUAAAUCUUACUUUGAGCAAACACAAUUAUCAGAACAAAAUCUUGUGGGACAUUUCUCUGAUAAGGACGAUGAAAUAUUACAACCUCCUAGCAAUUUUUCUCUAUACGCCAACAUGUUGGACGUGAAAAUGUAUGAAUUGAAACAAAGUCUGAGAAAAUCCAACAACAGUCAACAAUAA